AUGGGUGGAAUAUCUCAUAUGAUUCCCCAUGUCUCGGGCACGGGAUCCGUGAUCGACGCUCACUCGCCGUCGUUUGGAUUUUUAAUUGCGCCCUGGCAGAAUCUCACCUCGCCUGCUACACUGACUGUGGAAGGACCCGACUGGAAAGAAAGGAUGAAACCAGAUCAGGACCUCUUGGGCAAAACAGCGUUUGUUACCGGUGGCUCCGGUGGAUUAGGAAAAGCCAUUUCCAACAUACUUGCGGCGCGUGGUGCACAUGUCACAAUAUUCGCGCGACGACCGGGCCCUCUAGAAGAUGCGAAGAAUGAGAUAAUCAAGAAUUGUGUGGAUGCCAGUCGGCAAGAAAUCAAUGCGGUGGCUGUGGAUAUGGCUGAUGCCUCUGCGGUUUCAGAAGCAUUCAGAUCCCAGCCUCGAAUUCCAGAUUUCCUCUAUUGUUCCGCGGGUGGAAACCAUGCGGAGAACGGGUUUUUCGUCGACCUCCAAGCUACGCAGCUCGACUCUUGCAUGAAGAAUAAUUAUUAUUCCACUGCCUAUGCUGCAAAGGCCAUGUUGGAUCUCUGGAUCGAGAACGAUAAGAAACCGACUGGCAUCGAUAGCCCAAAACGCACCACUGGACCCAACAUCAGGAGGAUUGUCUUUGUCAACAGUGCGGCGGCGUUCCUGGGGCUGCCUGGGAGCGUUGCUUAUACUCCCGCCAAAAGCGCUGUCCGAGCCCUGGCAGACACCCUCCGCUUCGAGGUCCUCCGCCACAACUCGUCCAAGACCACGUACACCAUCCACAUCGCCUUCCCGGCCGACUUCAUCUCCCCGGGCUUCGUCCUCGAACAAGACACCAAACCGGACCUCACGAAGCGGAUCCAAGGAACCAACGUCGCCACUUUUGCGGAGCUCGAGGAGAAAUUCCCGUCGUCGGAAAAAGUGGCUCGUGGGAUUAUUGCGCGGGUGGAUAAAGGGGAUUUUAUUAUUUGCGAGGAUUCGUUGGCCGCCAGUCUUUUGUUUACGAAUAUGGUUGGCUUGAGUCCCAAGAGAGGGCUCGGGAUCGUGGAUUCGUUGUUGAGUGUAGUGAUGGGGUGGUUCGUUGUGCCGGUGCUGAGGAGGAGGUGGGAGAGGAUGUGUAGGGAGGAUGGUAGCAACAAGCAAUGA